AGCCGCUCACUUCCUAUUCAGCCUUCAGCAGGGAGCGAGCUCGGCCACGUAGGCAUUCUCUCUCUGCUGCCUGGAGGAGACGGCCCAGCAGCUGUCGGAGGACAAGACCCACCAGCUGUCAGCCAGGGGACAUGUCGCAGCUAAGUAAGAACCUGGGUGACUCCAGCCCUCCCGCGGAGGCCCCCAAGCCGCCUGUCUAUAGCCGCCCCACGGUUCUGAUGCGCGCCCCGCCUGCCUCUUCCCGGGCUCCUCCGGUCCCUUUCUAUCCUCCUCCACCGGGGACCCCGAUGGCACAUCCUCCACCGCCGGGGACCCCGAUGGCGCAGCCUCCACUGCCUGGGACACCGAUGGCACAGCCUCCAGCUCCGGGAGUCCUGAUGGCCCAGCCGCUGACACCAGGAGUCCUGAUGGUCCAGCCGCCUGCUCCAGGAGUUCCGAUGCCCCAGCCUCUACCUCCAGCUGCCUUGAUGACCCAGCCUCCACCUUCUGCAGCCCCACUGGCAAAGCCUCCAGGUCCUAGUGUCCUGAUGAUGCACCCUUCUGGUUCAGGAGCUCCGAUCACCCAGCCUCCAGUCUCAGGAGCACUGAUGGCUCAACCAGUGGCACCCCCUGCUCAGCCUAUGGCAUCCUGGGCACCCCAGGGUCAACCUCUGAUCCUGCAAAUCCAGUCCCAGGUCAUAAGGGCACCUCCACAGGUUUCCCAGGGGCCACAUACCCACCAGGUGCAGCUGGCCACAACCCCAGGCUGGCAAGCCACCUCACCUGGCUGGCAGGCCCCGCCUCAAGCCUGGCAGGCCACACCCUUAACCUGGCAGACCACACAGGUCACUUGGCCAGCACCCACCAUAGCCUGGCAGGCACCACCACCCAUGCGCCAGGGUCCUCCGCCCAUCCGCCCAGGCCCACCACCCAUCCGUCCUGGGCCCCCUCCAAUGGCUCGCCAAGCCCCAUCUGUGACCCGCCAGGUGCAACCUGUGACCCGCCAGGCACCAUCUGUGUCCCGUCAGGCACCACCUCUGACCCGCCAGGCACCUCCACUCAUCCGGCCAGGUCAGCAGAUCCUGGCUACCCAGCCACAGCUCUGGCAAGCCCUGCCACCCCCACCUCCUCUGCGGCAGGCCCCGCAGGCUCGGCUGCUGGCCCCGCAGGUGCAGGGGGUGCCGCAGGUGCCUACAGCAUCUAUAGUUACGCAGGUACCUGCAGCGCCACCCGCGGGCCCGCAGGUGCCCCAGCCAGUGCUGCCGGGCCCGCUGUCUGUCUCGCUGCCCGGUCCGCUACCUGGCCCACAGGCUGCCUCAGCUGUACCACAGGCUUCGCAGCAGGCUGUGCACUGCCCAUCCAUCAUCUGGCAGGCCCCCAAAGGCCAAGCCCCGGUGCCACAUGAGCUGCCGACGUCGAUGGAAUUUCAGGAGGUACAGCAGGCCCAGGCACUGGCCUGGCAGACACCAAAGGCACCCACUCACUUCUGGCAGCCUCUGCCUGCCCAGGAGACCCAGGGGCAGCCCCCCAGGAUCGUCCAGCUGGAGCAGCAGCCCUUUCGGGGGGUUUGGGCCUCCCAGAAAGGCCCGCAAACUCAGCUACACCCCCACCAGGCCCAGCCCAUGGGCCCGCAGGCAGAAAUGCCCACGAUGCAACUCCACCCUUCUUGGCAAGGGCCACCCCCCAUGUUGCAGGCCCAGCCAGGAGCCCCAGUAGCAGGGGCAAGUUUUCCCAGGGGCCAGCCUAAAUCACUCAUGACUCCAUCAGGAGAGGGCAGGGCCUCUUCUUCAGAACAUAAGGGUCCUUCUAGAGAACGCAGGACCUCUACAAAGGAGAAAAAGGGCCCUUCAAAGGACCGCAUGAUCUUUGCAGGCACCUUCUGUGGUCCGAGGGCAGUGCCAGCUUCCAGAGCACACCUGCCAAAUGCCUGGAAAAACUUGCCUGGCACAUCAUACACCUUUCCUGCCACCUCGAGGGUGUUUCCAUCUACCUCCCACUUUCAGCCUGCCUCUUCUAAUGCCUUUACAGGCCCAUCUGCCACCUCAGAGAGCCCAAAGGCACUGCCAUUAGCUCUGCAGGAUCCAUAUGCCUGCGUAGAGACCCUGACUGCAGCUCCGUGGGCCCCACAGCCUAAUGGGAAUGUCUCAAAUGCAUCCAAGGCUGAGCCUAGGAUCCUGAUGGCUACAGCACCUGCUACCCAGGCAACUGCCACCGUUCCAGAGGCCUCCAAGACUGUGGAGCCACCACGUCGCUCGGGCAAAGUCACCCGGAAGAAGAAGCACCUAGAGCCCAAGGAAGACAACAGGGGUCACAGGAUGGCCCCACGAGACUGGCAUGGCUCACAGCCCUGGGAGGGUUCCAGUCUGAGUGACUGGGAGAUCCAAAGUUCUCUCCAGGCUCUGGGGGACUGGGGGUACCCUAGCACUUCCUAUGGCCCCAGUGGCUGGGAGAGUUCCAGCAUGUCCAGGGUCCUGAGUGGCUGGGAAGGGCCCAGCACAUCUUGGGCACAGGGCACCUGGGAGGGACCAAGCACCUCAAGGGGCCUGGGUCACUGUGAAAGCUCAGACAGCCCUCAGCCCCUCGUCGCCUCUGAGGUACCCUGUCUCUUUCACAGCUUGAGGGCCACCCAAGAGGAUCCCAGAGGGGAGACUCAGCAGUUGUGUCCCUUAGAUGUGAGAGCAAAUGCACUGGUGCAAUUUCUCUUGGUCAGGAAUCAAGUUAAGGUGCCUAUCCAGCGCUCAGAGAUGGUGAGUGCCAUCAUCCGAGAGUAUGAAGAUCAGUGCUCAGAUAUCAUCAGCCGCGCCAACAGAAAGCUGGAGUGUAACUUUGGUUGUCAGUUGAAGGAAAUUGACGCCAAAGCCCACUCCUACGUCGUCAUCAACCAGCUGGGGCACCAUCGCUGUGACUUUUUGGCACCUUUUACAGACAGGCCCAAGUUUGGCCUCCUGAUGGUGGUUUUGAGUCUGAUCUUUAUGAAAGGCAAUUGUGUCAGGGAGAAUCUGAUCUUCAGUCUUCUGUUCAGGUUAGGGUUGGAUGUCCGGGAGACAAAUGCUGUCUUUGGAAACAUGAAGAAGCUCAUCACUGACGUGUUUGUGAGGCACAGGUACCUAGAGUACAGGCGAGUCCCUUGCACCGAGCCAGCAGAAUACGAGUUGCUCUGGGGCCCCCGAGCAUUCCUGGAAACCAGCAAGUUCCUGGUCCUGAGGUUUUUGGCUAAACUCCACAAAAGAGACCCUCAGUGCUGGCCAUUCCAUUACCUUGAGGCCCUGGCAGAGUUUGAGUCUGAAGACUCAGAUGCAGAUGAGCCUGAUGCCAGCGACGAUUGUGAUGACCCCACCAGCAGUGCCCCUCCCCACUUAUAGGUGUUACAGAAAUUGUGUUCCUUUGGGUCCCUGGCCAGAGGCCACCAGCAGGGUGUGGGAGACUUCUUCUUUCUGGUGUUUUUUGUUCCAGCUCUGUAUGUGCAUACGUUUGAAUUUUAAAUCUGCUUUUGUACUUGCCAAAGCUUUGUAUAUUUUCAUUAGGUCCUGAUUUCACCUGGCUACUGUUCUCUUGGUAUUCUGGCACCUGUAUCUUUAAGUGAGACCUGUGAUUCUGUUUUGUGUUCUGAUCGUUAUGUUCUGGUAUCAGAAUUGUGCUGGCUUUGUGAAUCAAUCUGACAAACUAACCCUGUCAUUCUGGUACAGUUUAUGUAAACUCGUAAUA